GUGGCGUGGCCUGGCUAACACGUCAGAUAUGAGAGAGAAACCACUGGCUUAUAUAGAGGACGGACGGCCGGCAACUGGCAACAGUGCACGCAGCACGUAGAACACGCAGCGGGCUCGCACUGCAGGACGGAGCAGCAGCCGUCAUAGCAGGUCAUUUGGAGAAGGAUGGAUCGGCGGCAAUCAAGCAGCAGCGGGAUGAUGGAGGGACCGUUCCGAUUCUUGCCGGCCGAAGUGAAAGAGAUGGAGGAGCGCCUGUUCCCGGUCACCAAUCGCAGGCUGGAUCACAUCCUCAUGGAUGAGCUCGCUCUGAAAUUUAGCUGCUUCCGGCGCCGUGCUGGCAUGGUUCCCGUCAAGCCAAAGCAGGUGCUCAACUGGUUUUAUAACAACCGUAACAAGACUUCUGCCAAGGUAGCAGCCAGGGAAGCACAUGCUCCAUGGGAGUUUUGGGCCAACCAUCAGCAAGCUAGAGCUAGAGGAGGCUCAUCCAUCAGCAAGCUGAAGCCAAAGAAGGCGACUACGCACGCAGGAUCUUCCUCAGGGAAUAAUUAUAUCGAUGUAUAUCACACCAAGUUUGAAGCUAAGUCAGCUAGAGAUGGCUCUUGGUACCUUGUCGAAGAAUUCUUGACUGAAAAGUUUUGUGAAUCAGGCGAUUUGCAAGUAUUGGUUCGCUUUCCUGGAUUUGGAGUUGAGGAAGCUGAAUGGAUCGAUGUUCGUACAUGUACUUUGCGGCAACGCUCAGUGCCAUACAAGGCCACAGAAUGUGCAGAUGUUCAUAUUUGGGACCCUGUUCUUUGUUACAAGGUAAGUGAACAGAGUGGUCUCUAUUUUGAUGCUGAAGUGCAUGCUAUUGAAAGGAAAACACAUAAUUCAGGAGAAGAAUGUGAUUGCAAAAUCCUUGUUCUUUAUGUGCAUGAUAAUUCUGAGGACAUCGUUUCCUUGAAGAAGUUGCGCCGUCGAUACGUAGAAUAUGACUACAAACCUCAAACUUCGUAUGAGCUGCCAAAAGGAACGAAAAUAGCUUAAGUACACCAUCAAUUUAUUGAAGUGUUCAAUAUAAUACCUUUCUAGAAGAUUUUGUAUGUUCUGUGUUACAGUAUAUAUAUGUUGGUGGCUCAUGAGUCAUGAGCAUUGCUACAUAAUGCAAACUAAUAUUAAUUGUGAUAAUACACAAUUUGGAGAUGAUAAGUUGGUCUUUGAAUUUAA